GUUCCGCUCGUGUAACUCGAAAAGGAAGCAAAGACAAAGCCCACCAACCAUGGCACUCAUUUGGGACACGGACGCUUUACCGACGAUUGCUUCAACAUGGACUGCUCCAACAUCAUGUUUUGCCAGUACACUAUACUACCGCGUCUUUUACAAAGGGAAUUUCUUCAGUAACCUAUACGGAACGCCGACACCUGUUUUUGAGGGCAAUACGCCCACUGGCGCCUGUGUCCCCCCUUCUUUUACCAUGAAUGUGCCUUUUCGAACAGAUGGUGGUUGUCCUACAGGAUACACGACUGCAUGCACCGGUACCGGUACAAGUCGGUUGGGCACACAAUUGACCACGGUGACCUGCUGCCCUAGUGUCACCGGCGGUGAUUUCUCCUUCAUGUGUAAAGAUCACCAGUACGGCUGUCACGCAACAGCAACAGUUGGUGCCGUAUGGACGGGGGCCAUCACAAAUCUCGAAAACUCGAACUUUGAGUCUGUGACACGUACACCGUCGACAAACGAGGGACUUGAAGCAUGGGGGAUAAGGUUGAUUUCAAUCGCUUCUUCAACAGCAACCACAACAUCUCCAACCGCCUCAGCAACCACAACCCCCGUAACCACAGCUCCAGUAACCGCCACUCCAGCAACCACAGCCCUCGCAAGUCAGACACCAGCCACGACGAGCGCCACAAGCGGCGACAACAACCCUACAGAUGGUAUUUCUACUGGUGCUAUAGCAGGCAUUGCCAUUGGUGCCGCUGCUGUUAUUGGUAUCGCUCUUGCUGCUGUCCUUAUCUACCGCAUAAGACGCAACCGAGGAGCUACCUACAGCAACCAUGACAGCCAUGAGGCAACAGGAGAGGAAGGCAUGGCGUACCUACCAAACAAACACCAUGAUAUAUACGCCUACCCUAAUGGUACUCUUGACGGUAGAGUACAUGAAGCAGCUGUACAAAUUGAUAAUGGAGGAGUACACGAAGCUCCUACACAUCUGGGUCGGACACAGCCUUGGGAGUUACAAUAAUGAAUUAUGAAGAGUAGUCAUGUCGUUUCUUCUCUGGAUGACAACCAAGCGCAUAAUCAGACACUACAGUACAUUUCCCAGCAGGUAUACUUUUUGGAGCGUGUGUAGACA